GCAAAGCCCCAUAAUAGUUUAGUUAGUUAUCAUGCGGAGAGCAAUGUGUUUGGUGGCAUCUAUUGUUUCGGUAUCGUUGAUCGCAAUAAUUGUUAUCAAUAUUAGCACUGACGUGAUAGCAGAUACUAAUAAUGAUCUACUUUUAUUGGAUUUGCCCGGUCAAGGUCUAAUUCGGGGAGGAAAAACGUAUUCAGCUUGGACAAAUCAAACAAUAUUUCAAUUUCUUGGUGUUCCUUUUGCUGAGUCACCUAGCGGUGCUUUAAGAUUUAAGGCACCCGUUGAACGUUUGCCAUGGAAAAACAUUCGAGAUGCAAGUAAAUAUGGACUGCGUUGUCCUGAGAUAAAUACAAUAAAUAAUAACAAUUUAAAUGAUGACUUGGAAGAUUGUUUGAAUUUAUGUGUUUACUCAAAAAAUCUUAUUGAGAGGCGUCCAGUAAUUUUUUAUGUUUACGGUGGAGGAUUCUACAAUGGUUCUUCCCAAGACCAUCCACCACACUAUUUGCUUGAAAAGGAUAUUGUUCUAGUUGUGACACAAUAUCGUGUAGGAGCAUUAGGAUGGCUUUCAACUCAGACCAAAGAAAUGCCCGGAAAUAGUCCAGUUUUAGAUGUAAUGUUGGCAUUACAGUGGGUUCAGAAGUUUAUUCAUUUAUUCGGAGGAGAUCCUGAACAAGUGACUAUCAUGAGUCAAUCUGCAGGGGCAACUGUAACUGGAAUGCUUAUGAUUAGUCCAAAGACUCCUGAUGGUUUGUUCAAAAGAGCAAUAAUUCAAUCUGGGUCAAUUUUGGCAACAUGGGCAACAAAUAAUCAUCCUCUUGAUUUGACAAAGAAAGUGUGUAACAGAUUAUGUGCAAAAUGUGAUGAGAUUGAAGAUAUUUACGGCUGCUUAAACAAAGUGGACAUUUUGAGUAUAUUGAAAGCUUCAACUGAUUUAUCAUUUGGUAUGACUAUAAAUGAUGUACAUGGGGUGAUGCCACAUACACCAAUCGAACUAUUGAACAAGAAAUCAAACUGUUAUCCUAUUAUGACGGGGUCAACCAAACAUGAUGGGACUUUUGUAUUAGCAACGAUAUAUGAUGCAUUGAAAGCAUCUAUUGGAAACAUGAGUCUUAUAACUCCAAGAGAAUUUUCUUCAAAGAUGUUUGACGAAUCUAAUGAAGAAGAUAUCACAGGUCUAGCAAGAAAUUUGUUAACUACUUUGUUGUAUAAUGCUACCGAACUUGAUGGGAACGAUCACAAGAAGCUUAUUCCAUCAUACAUUGAUCAAGCUGGAAGUAUGUUUAUAAAAUCACCAAUUUUUACAUUUGCCAUGAAUAUAGCAAAAAAGAAAUGCCCAACAUAUGUUUACAGUUUUGAUUAUGAGGGCGAAUGGAGUCGUUUUGGAUAUGAAUUUGGAAAUGAGCAUUAUCCAUUUAAUGGUGGAGCACAUCAUUCAAAUGAUAAUAUUUAUCUAUUUUCAACACACACUUUGAAUGGGAAAGAUACUGAGAUUUCUAAAAAGAUGGUUAGCUUAUGGACGUCAUUUGCAAUUGAAGGUGUUCCUGGAACGGAAAAUGCUCCAGUUUUGUUACCAUUACAAAAAGAAACAGGACCUUACUUUCAUAUUGAUGAAACAAUUUCAGUUGGCACUGAUUUUUUCGAGGAACUUCGAGUAGCUGUUAAUGAUCCCCGUAAGGAAGAACUUAUUCGACCUGACGUUGAAUUUUAAUUUUUUGAAAAAAAAAAAAAAUAAAUAAAUAAAAUAAUUGCUUGAAUAUUUGAA